AUGAUGAAUUUGCCGGAUUUCUUGAAUGAAGGUGAUUCAAUCAACAGAAAAAACUACGACGGUGGUUCCCAUAAUGGUAGUAGACAUAAUCUGAUAUUUGAUAAUGGCAAUGGUUCCAAUAUCAAUAAGAGUAUUCCACCGACAGCACCUUCCAACAAUGAAGACCCCCUACAUCAAUCCAAUUUCAAUGAUAUAUUGUACAACAAGCUAUCAAAUUUGAAUGAUUAUCCUGAAGUGGACUAUUCAACGUAUUAUUACAAUCACAACAAUACGACAGCAACAAACCCAAAUUUUAGAGAUACAUUUAAUUUACCUGUUGAAUUACAAGGGGGAGUGACCAACAUUUCAUCAAGAAGACCAAGCUAUGCCGCAGAAUCAUAUACUAGAAACAACUUUCUCCAACAGCAGCCGGCAACAACAACUAUUCCGCAAACAUCACAAGUUGGUUCUCAAUCGUCCAGUUUUUUCAACAAUAAUAACAGUAACAGUAGCAAUAGCAACAGAGGUUUGUCUUCAUUUGCUAUGAUGAAUAACUUUCAAGCCAAGAGCAACCAAUUCAAUAACGGCUUUGACCUUGUGGGUGCCUUUGGUGAGUUUAAUAUGAAUUCGGGGUCUAAGUUUAGUGAAUUUCAAUCAAGAAGACCUAGUCAGUUGGUUGACUUUCCUUGGAGCUCUCCAUUUGCACCAACUCAACAGUUUUUACCUCAACAACAGCAACAGAGCCAAUCUUUUCAACAACCUGGUGGUGCGGGAGCUACAGCUGGGCGUAGCUCUUCCAUUGAUGCAACCAACGCACACACAUUUGCUCCAUUUUCAGAUACCAAUGGUGGCCCCACUUCAGUUUCGGUCCAGAUGAACCAGCCCUCUCGAGGAACUAAUUCUUCACAAUUACAAACAAGGAAUGUUGCGCAAACUGGGAAACAGCAGCAGCAAAGACAUUCGUUCUAUCCACCACAACAGCAGUCGCAACAGCAACAGCAACCGCAAUUCGGCACGGCGCAACGUCAACCGGAUCAAGGGUUUUUGUCGCAGCAAACCCAAUUUGCUGGUGCUCCUCCUGGACAACCCAUAAAAUUGGAAAAUGGGUUGCUUUUGAAGGAUCAAUAUAUAGUUGCGUCACCAGAGUUGAAAGAAUUGUAUUCUAAAACAAAGAGAUAUUAUCAAGAUGACAAAAUCACUAAUGAGGUUUUGACCAAAAUGAAUGGAUUGUUAAGUGAUCCGAUCAUUACUAAGUUAAUCACAUUUAUUAAAAACUUGAACAACUUGACAUUCAAUCACAAGAUUUUGUGUUUGGUGAUUAAUAAAAAUGGGAAAUUCGACUUAUUAUCGUAUCCAAACAAUUCAAAUAUUUUCUUACAAAAGGAUGACUUAGUUAUAGUUGAUGGAGAUAGAGGUAAAGACUUGGUAAUGAUUGUUGAACCCUUGGUUAAUUUAAACUUUGCCGUUUUAUUCAAUUUUCUCAAGAAAUUGGAGCAUUUGAAAAGUUUAACUAUUCAUGAAGGAUAUGGAGGUAAAGCUCAUGGAGGUACACAUCCAACAUCAAUGAAUGCUUCGGCAAUCAUCAAUUCUCAUCUGAAUGAAGACAAUGAGUUUAUAAUCACUUUACCUACAAAGCAAGUAUUGCGUUUCGCCACUCCAAAGGAAGUUAACAAGAUUAGUGGUAAAUUCCUUGAAGAGAAAAAGGCAUUCAUCACCUGUUUCAACAAAAUUAAAGAGUUGGGAUUGGAUUCUGAUUUGACAUUGAUCAACGUUGAAUAUCAAUGUGACUUCAAAAAGCUUAUAUUUUACUAUUUUGCCGGGUUUAAGCGAAUUGAUUUUAGGGGUCUCAUAAAGGAAUUAUUCAAAAUUUAUAAAACAAGAAUUUGGUUAUGUGCCGUUUUACCAUUUAAUCAACCAGAAUUGUUCAUCACUAUGGAUGAGGAGGAGAAAAAGACAACAGACAAAUUAAAAAACAGCAGUGACUCCACUGACAAGCGUCAAGACCUAUUACCAAAAGAGUAUGAAUUGAGUAAUGAGCAGAUUUUGAACUUUGCUAUUACUGAAUUUGAUACCUUACCACCACCUAAUUACUUUCAUCUGAUUAACUUAUUGAAUUUAAUCAGGCAUUUAACUAAUGAUAUAAAGGGCCAAUUUUAUGGGUUUAAUAAUAAUAACAAUACAGGGAAAUAG